GUCGCAAAAUCGAUAUCGGUAUCAACCUAAACUCCCCCACUGGCGAAAAGCACUUGCAAUUAAUGUGUGAAAAGCAAAACAGUUAAAUUUGUAAUAUAAUAAUGUGUACAUAUUAUUUGCUAUCGUUCCUAUAAGGGGCAAAUUCAUUACAAUGUCCAGCGACUUGAACACGAGCCAGUUUGCGCCGAUGUCAACAAAUACCAACUACAGCCGUUGGCUAACGGAAGAGGUCUUUAAAUUAAUAGAUAUUGUGCAGCGCGACGAAGCUAUCUACAAUCCUCGACACAAGUAUUACUUCUGUCGACCGUAUGUAGAGAAUUUCUGGAGGGAAGUCGAUCAGAGGCUAGAAAAGAAUCCCGGUGCCAGUCUAGCCAAAUGGACGAACUUGCGCAUUUCUUUUCGUCGCGAGUACACAAACUACGUUGAGGAGAAAGUUCCACCUUGCUGGUCCUACUUCGAUCGUAUGUUCUUUUUGCAUCCCUACUUGCGUAAAAAGCAUCAGCCACCAAAGUCACUCGACACCCAGGUGCAGGACGCAUUGGCGCAUUUAAGCAAUCUGUCGAAUCGUAUGCAGCGUGAACGUGCGGUGACCACUUGCACGCCCACAGCUGCAGACACUGCAGCUAGUAGCAGUCGCAUUCAUCCGAAUGCCAGCGCUGGUCCAAGUUCCGCGCAGCAGUCACCACAGCCACAACAGCUGGACAGCUACUUAGACUACUUCGAUGAUCAGGAGCAUAAUAAUUCCGAAUUGGAAGACAUCAUAGAUGAGGAGCAACGGGCUCGUUUCCCAAAUCCAUUAGAUCACGACAUUAAGUCUGAAUGCGAAGAUGACUAUGAUGAUGAUGAGCGGGAGGAGGAUGAAAUGCGCAAAACAGUAUACGAUAGCUUAGCCACUACGGUAGCGUCCAGCACUUGUGUUGGAACGAGCCUGCCGGUAGAGAAGCGCAACGCGCAACCACUGCAAUCGCAGCCACAGCCUCAUAAAAUGCAGAUAAAUCGUGUUCAAAUGCGGGCCUAUCAUGAGGAGGCGUUCCCGCUGCGUCCGCGCUCUCAAGAGCAUCAUCAAUCCUCGGUGGGUACAGCUGUCAGCGCUGCAAACAUGCAAAUGCAUUCGAAUAUAUCGUUUGUGCGUCCAACUUUCACCAAGCCCGUGGAUAUGGUAAGCACAACAAAUCCUUCGAAUGCUGUAACAUCAAUAUCGAGUGCGAUAACGACCAGCAGCGCCUAUUUGGCGCCCAGGCAUGCCUCCCAUCAUCAGCCGCCGCAACGUUUGGAAGCUACCACCUCGACGCUAGCCACUGGAAUUGUCGGUAGCAGUGGGGCAGUGGAGCAAUGCGAUUGCAAGAGCGAUCCUGAUGCCAUGUUCCUUAUGAGUUUACUGCCAGAUAUACAGAAACUAAAUGGUCGAGAUCGCGGCAAAAUCAAAAUUGCCUUCCAGAAUAUACUUCAAGAUUAUUUAUAUCCCGACUAAAUGGCGCUACUGUAAGUCACAUAAAACACACAUAAGAGAUCCCAAGGAUCGUCAGAGUUAUCAAUUAAGAUCUCCUAACUGCUUUGUGUAUACCCAUUGCUUCCAAGCAUUAACCUACCCAUGUGUGUAGAUGUAUGUAAGUACUUAUUAUAUACAUAUACAAGUAUAUAUGUAUGUAUGUUCGGCUCAGCCGAUUUUAGUGCUUUAAACACUUCUUUUCUUCCUUCGAACUACAUCAAGUAAAAUACAUCAGCAAACAUCAGCCUGCUAUUCCAGUUUUAAACAGUAAUCGUUAUAAAUUAUUUUAUUACAUAAUAGGCACAUGUAUGUACAUAUAAAUAUUUAUUGUUACAACAAAAAUAAAUUCAUUUUACAAGUCAGCUGGAACUUAA